UAUUGCGUUACAUUGUAGCAAAAUGGCGGCUGUCAUUCAGAAUCCACUAAAAGCGUAAGUAAUUAAAGACAUUUAGGACAUUGUGAACAAUUACUUUGUUGCCAACUUGUACAUUAAAACUGGCUGUUCGUGCAUGUGUUUUUCAGCCGUGUGCAUUUCACUGAUUAGGCUGUCUAAAUUCGUUUUUGUGUACUUCUUGCAUGGCAAAGUAGCCUCGCAUAGUUCUUUUAUUCCACAGCAUUUUAACGUUUAGUCUUAACCAUGUGCGUUCGACUAACUGGCAUUUUGACUGCACUAGAUGAGCUUUUCCUCCGUACGGCUUCAGCACAACAGAGUGUCGUCUUUCCUGGGCUGUACAUUUAUUUGGAAACUGUCGACAACGUGCCUUCGCGCUGCACCGAAUAAUUAAAAGACGAUUUUCUUCGUGCUCGGCUGGGCAUAGCGGGGGAAUAUCAUCUGACAUUCCGAAAGUCGUUUAUAGUUUGUGUGGAUUGUCGACAUGUCAACUUUGGCUCCUCCGAGCGCAGACGUGGUCAGGACCCGGUUGGGCGACCAGUUCUACAAGGACGCCAUUGAGCAGUGCCGCAGUUACAAUGCGCGCCUGUGUGCUGAACGCAGCGUCCGCCUGCCAUUCCUGGACUCGCAGACCGGCGUGGCCCAGAACAACUGCUACAUCUGGAUGGAACGACAUCACCGCAGCCCUGGGGUCGCAGCUGGGCAGAUGUACACGUACCCCGCCCGCUGCUGGAGAAAGAAACGGCGGCUGCACAACGCCACGGACACGCGCCUGGGCAUCUACGGCCUCCAGCUCGAAAGCGGCCUCAUGGCCAAGGACACCUUGCCCACCCAGAGCACCACACUGGAGGCUCUGCUACGAGGAGAGGGUCUAGACAAAAGGAACAACGCUAAGAACGACGAGGACAGCCUGCUGGAGAUCCAGAGGGUUCUGGAGGCAGACGCAGCAGAAGAUGCUUUCCAUGAUGACGACUUUGAGGCGAACACUCCCAAGAGGAGACAUCGGGGAAAAGGAAGAGGUCGGGGUUCAGGCCGCAGGAAGGCAGAUAUGAAUGAGGACAAGCCAUACGUCUGUGACAACAGAUACAAACAAAAGCAGAACUCAAAAUCUUCGGCUUCAGUCUGUGCGAAGCGCUACAGGAACCGUACGGGACUGAGCUACCACUACACCCAUUCCCACCUCGCAGAGGAGGGCAGAGCCGGAGAGAGGAGCACAGUGGCGUCUAAAUCCCCCUCUGCACAGCAGACUGACCGACACAAGCGUGCAAAGGGUCCAGGUGGGACCAGUAUUCCCAACAACUACUGUAAUAAAUGCCAGGGCUCACUAAAGAAAACGGGUAAAUCUGGGUCUCCCUACUCAACCUGCCAAUGCAAAACUCGCCGUGUAGAAGAGAAGGACGAUGGGACUUUAGCUGGAGCAGAGGAGCUGUUCGGCACCACCUCAGAGAGCGACACCUCCACCUUUCACGGCUUUGAGGACGAUGAGCUGGAAGAGCCCGCCACACACAGCAACGGAAUAUCCAACCGACACAGAUAGAGAGAGCCGUUUAGAUUUAAAGACCUUUUUUUAAUAUGGAUUAACCUCUGGCAAAAAUCUGCUGCUUCUUUUUCAAUGUUUUUUGUUUGCAGAAAGCACAAAGUGAUAAUUUCAGGACAGAAAUGCAAGUGGUAUUUUAUCUACUGAACAUUGUUGAAUAAUUUAUGAACACCUUUUUUAUAUAUAAAUAUAUAUAUAUAUAUAUUAACUUUCAAGGCUAUGAACGACUGUCAGUGUUUCUUGACAGGUGACUUGGUCUCUUUGCAAAACAGAAGAUGGAGUGGGAUUUUUGUCGUCGUCCCCCCCCUCCACUGGAGCAGAAUGAGCGUACACGUUAUGAACAAAAAAACACUGGAGAAAUUUGAACAAUUGAAAAUAAGGCAUAAAAGAUGCAGUACAUUUGGGAGAUGAUUGAAUGUCAUUGCAGACCCAAACUUGAGCUACUGGGUGUUUUUGAAUCAGUAGUCGGCUGGGACUAUGAAGGUCUCUGCUUCUGCUCUAACCCUGGAUUAAACUUGUAUGACAAUGAAGGAACCAAUGAAAGGACUGCCACAGGCCGCUGGAAAUGUUUGGAAAUGAAGAAGUCUUUAAAUAUAGUCUUUUCAGAUAUAGAGGACUAAAUUAAUAAAAGGAGCACCCAGCACAUUGGCAUGUGGCCCAAAGGUGGGGAUGACGAGUGAAGAAGAGGAUUAAACUG